GGCAUACACGUUGUGUACUAAGUAACUUGUGUGGAACAGAAUCUCCAACCCAUCAGCCAUUCCAACUUGAGCCCCAUAUUAUCGCAUUGGUUCAGAACAGCAGCCUUGAUCUCUUCGUGUGCCAUUAUUUCUCCAAGUUUGCCGACACUUGUUGCCUGGCUUUUCGGUGGCCUCGAUCAGUCGAGCCAUGAAGCUCGGAACGAAAAGUUGUGCCGACCGGAGAAGAGGAGAACUCUUUUUGUGGAACGCUCUAACAAUUGUUGUUGCUUAUGGAUCACCAGAUCGCAUUGCAUCUAGAUUGGACCGGGCUAACCAAGAAUUCGAAGUCUUGAGACAUUGGGAAGCAUCUGCUGCUUGGAAUGCGAGCAUUCAAAUCAAUAUAUGGAACCAGAACGAGCUAAAACAAGUUCAGAAUGAAAAAGAACUUUGGAAGCUUCACACCUGUACAGAUUUGGAACACAUUGUGGAACACCUCUCUACUAAUAUCAGCCGAGAUCAAAGUAGGCAAAUCUCCUUAUUUUGCCGUGGACCAAAGUAUACUCCCGAGCUUUCGAGAGCUUUUGAAGAGGUCCAACAGGAGCUCUAUCGCAUCUAUCACACCUCCCUCGUGUGCUAUGGAGACUUUUGCGAACAUGGCGAACCCGAGCUCGCUCGUCGAAUGGAACAAAGUCGAGAUCCUCAAUUCCUUUUGACAAUUUGGCAUGCCUGGCGACACCGAGUGGGUCCCAAAGGGAAACCUCUCUACAGGGACAUGGUCCAGAUUAUGAAUCAAGCAGCCAGACGAAAUGGGUAUGACAACGUGGGAGCGGCUUGGAAGGAGGUGCACGAUUUACCCAAGAUUGAGAACGAGGUGAAAAGGCUCUAUGACGAGAUCCUUCCAUUCUAUCAAAGGCUUCACGCUUGGGUUCGAUUCCGAUUGUCGAAGUUCUACGGAGAAGACUUGAUUGAACGGCUGAGACCACUUCCCGCUCAUUUGUUGGGUAACAUGUGGGCUCAGUCCUGGGAGGCCAUCGCAGAUCUUAUUGUCCCAGAAGAUCUUUUGGGCUCAAAUCAGGAUUUCACUUUAGAAGAUGUGUUGGCCAUUUCAAACUUAUCCGUGGUGGAUAUGGCAAAGAGUGCUGAGGAGUAUUUUGUGUCCAUGGGCUUCCAACCCAUGACCUCCAGUUUUUGGCGUUAUUCGCAACUUGAGAAGCCCGUUGAUCCGGGUUUUCCGACAUCCUGCCAUCCCAGCUCGUUGGACUUGUACAAUGGAGACGAUUUUCGAAUCGAACUGUGUGGACAGCAGACCUGGGACACUUUUUUGACCUUACACCACGAGAUGGGACAUAUCCAAUAUUACAUGAACUAUCAUCAUCAGCCGCCAAUCUUUAGGGAUGGGGCCAACCCUUCGUUUCAUGAAUCCAUUGGCGAUUGUAUCAAUUAUGGCAUCCAGUCUCCGGCUUUUCUCAAACGUUUUGGACUCAAAUCGAAAUUAGAACCCAAUGUCAUGAUUGGACACUUGUUGAAGCAAGCUCUCUCGCGGAUCCCACUGAUUGUUUGGAGCUAUGUGGUGGAUCAAUGGCGAUGGGAUGUGUUCUCGGAAAAGGUUCCUUUCACCGAAUGGAACGAUCAUUGGUGGGAUCUCCGGGAGCAAAUUCAAGGGGUUCAAUCACCUUUGCCUCGACACCCGGAUUCUUUCGACCCCAUGGCCAAAUUUCAUAUCCCGGACAACUCGCCCUACAUUCCAUACUUCUUUGCUGGAUUUCUCCAGGUCCAAUUAUAUGAAAGGCUUUGUCAGGUGGAGCAUGGCUCAACGAUUGACGUGCAUCAAUGUGACCUUUGGGGAGCAAAACGAGCCGGACACGUACUUAGGAGUCUCAUGUCAGCGGGUCAAAGCCAACCAUGGAAGCGUGUUCUGAUGGACAAUCUGGGCAUGGCCAGCAUCUCUGCCCAGCCCCUCCUUCGGUAUUACGAUCCACUCAUUCGUUGGCUUGACGAGAUGAUCGAGCGUGAGAGCAUCCCAAUAGGAUGGUAACAUAAGAACCCCUAAUCAACAUAUCAUAAUAUCUUAAUACCUUGCCUUGGACUGUACGAAUCACUCAGCUUGAGUUGGCCAUUACAUGACUUUUUAAAAAGAAUUGCUUGUUUUUUCCAUUUGAUUUAUUUCUCAGUGAAAAUAGAGUUCUCACAUAUUUUGGCGGGAGGCAAUGAAAUAUAUGGCUUUUUGUGGGUGGGAACACGAUGAUGAGGAUGAGCUUGACGCGAGGACUGAGCUCCAGCUGGAGAUGUUCAAGCCACGCCUUCCUUACACGCUCAUAAAUAACAAUGUCAUCCAUACUAUUUCAGGGGAGUCGUAACUCGAGGGUUGUGGCGUGGUUUCGUUUGCAGAAUAGUUGUUGCUCUUCUCGUAUCCACGUCAAGGUCAAUUGUCACAUCAUCCGAAGUCAAUAUCAUUGUGGCUCCCAGAUUCCAAGAACAAGGGAGAUUCUUCGACUGAUGAGGUCUGGAUCACCAGGGACGAUGUGAAGAAGAUCUGAUCAAAGGGACAUCAGAGAGUAGAAGAAUCUGGUUGGUCGAGAGGUGGCGGUCUUUAUUGU